AUGAAGCGGAAGUCGGAGAACGGCCUGGACAGCAGGGCCCUGUCCCCUGGCAAGAAGCUCUGCAAGGGCUCCGAGUACAGCAGGACACUGGGCCCCUGCAUUCCCAGCCCCACCACCACCUUUGGGGACCUGCGCAACGCCAAGCCAGGCCAGGGCCGCCGGCGCCGCAUCCCCUCGGUCGCCCCGCCCCCGGAGCUGCAGGACUGGCUCCGCACCUUUCAGGUAGGGGACCAGCUCCUCCCCCUCAGCACUGCGGGGCCCCCGUCCACCGGCCCA